UUUCUAUCUAAAGCGUUGGAAUUGGGAAGCUUGAGUUUUCAUUGAAUUGCAUUUUGGGAUUCAAGACUUGUGACGAGUGAGAAACCAGAAAGUAAUCGUAGAGUGAUGAAGAAGAAGAAGAAAGAAAAAAAGAUUCAAAACAAGGAAGAAAUUGCUGAGGAUUGGUGCUUUGUAUGCAAAGAUGGUGGAUUGCUUCUUGUUUGCGACUACAAGGAGUGUCUAAAAGCUUAUCAUGCAGAGUGUGUGGGGAAGGAUGAGUCAUUUGUUGAGUCUGGAAACAGCUGGACUUGCAAGUGGCAUUCUUGCUUCAUUUGCCACAAGAGCUCAAAAUUCCAUUGCUUUUGCUGUCCAAAAGCUGUGUGCCAAUGCUGCAUCGCUGCUGCUGAGUUUGCACGUGUUAGAAGGAACAAAGGAUUCUGCAGUCACUGCUUAAAACUUGCACUUCUUCGAGAAGAGAACAUGGAUGUUGACUCUGAUGGGGAGAGGGUAGACUUCAAAGAUCAAGAGACAUAUGAGGGCCUGUUCCUGGAAUAUUGGGAGGUAAUUAAGGAGAAAGAAGGAUUGACUUUAGAGCAUCUCCAUUCUGCUGGUGCUCAACUGAAAAAGGGUGAAAACUACGAGUCUGGCUUUGAACCAGAGGAAUCUGAUAAGGAAGAGGAAACUCAAUUCAUAUCCGAUUCCGAUAUGGAAGAGCACAAGCCAGUGAAGAAAAUGAAUAGAUCCAAACGGAAGGAAGUUGUGGUGAAAAGGGAGGUAAAAUCAAAUAAAAGAGAUUUUAUUGGUUGGGGAUCAAAAUCCCUCAUAGAUUUUCUUGCAUCAAUUAGUAAAGACACAAGCGAAAAAAUUUCACAAUAUGAUGUGUGUUCUAUCAUUAAUGAAUACAUCAAUGAAAACAAGCUUUUUUGCCCAGAGAAAAAGAAGAAGAUUUUAUGCGAUGAAAGACUAAAAUCUCUUUUGGGGAGGAAAACAGUGAACAGAAUUAAAAUAUAUGACCUCCUGGAACCCCAUUUUUUUGAGAACCUUGAGCCAUCAGAUGAGGACGAACUGGGACACAGUUCAGAAGAUGAGGAUGAGAAUGUCAUGGUGGCCCGUAAAAAACAGAGAAAGUUAAAUACAAAUAGGAAAUCCCCUGAAAACGAGAUGGUGAUCAAUGCUCCACAGAGCUGUUUUGCUUCCAUUGUUGCUGAGAACAUUGAGCUUGUCUACCUGAAGAGGAGUCUAGUGCAGGAGCUACUGAAGCAACCUGAAACCUUUGAAAGCAAAGUAAUAGGAAGCUUUGUGAGAGUCAAAUCAGACCCUAAUGACUAUUUUCAGAGAAAUUCUCAUCAGCUUGUGCAAGUUACAGGCAUGAAGAAGAUAUCCAAGGGCGAUAACAACAUGCAGAUUCUCCUCCAAGUUUCAAAUAUGUCAAAAGACAUUUGCAUUAGUGUGCUUUCAGAUAAUAACUUCUCUGAGGAAGAAUGUGAAGAUUUAAGAGAAAAAGUGAAAGGCGGGCUACUUAAAAAGCCUACCAUAGUGGACCUUGAACAGAAGGCCAGAAGUCUGCAUGAAGAUAUAACAAAGCAUUGGAUUGUUAGAGAGCUGAAUUUAUUACAAAACCUCAUUGAUCAAGCAAAUGAGAAAGGAUGGAGAAGGGAACUAUCUGAAUACAUGGAGAAAAGAAAGCUGCUUCAGAAGCCAUCAGAACAGUUGCGGUUGCUACAAGAGGUUCCCAAGGUGAUUUCAGAUCUAUCAGAACUCGAACCUAUGGCAAAUGAUGCCAUUAAAGAAUAUAAAGAGGGAGAUGAAAGCUUGCCAAAAUCAAUCCUCCAAGGGAGUUCGGAAACUCCUGGAGAUAGCUGGGGAGGCAAUGGAUUUUCUUCAGUUGCAAAGAAGGAACAUUCCGUGGCAUCAGUCAUUGAAGAACCAAAAAGUUCGGAACCAAAAAUGCUGAGAAACCAAGAGGCCUCAGCGGUUCCGUUGAUUGAGUUGAGUAGCGAUGAUGAUGACGACGACAAUGAUGGUUCAAGGGUCGCACUUGGAAAGCAAAAACUCAAAGAUGAGGAUGCAUCUGUGUGGCAUUGUAUGGGACAAAGUGGAGAAAGACAUGGGCCCCACUCGCUGUCAAUGUUGAAACACUGGGGCGAGAUUAGUCCUUUCGCUUUGAAGUUCAAGGUGUGGAAAGUUGGUCAAAGUGAAGACAAUGCAAUCUCAUUGAGCAAUGCUCUGCUCAGGUUUUUCCCAGAAAAUUAGGACUCGAAGUUUGUUGUUUGAUGUUUGUCUACCAGAAGUUUAUCAAACAUACAGAAGCAAAUAAGUAGACUUUACUGUUCAUAAACUUGUUUUGUAAAUGUCUGUUUCUACUUUUUUUUUUCUUUUUUUUUUCUUUUUUUUUUUUUUUUGUUUGGAAGCAUUAAUAGCUAGAACUUGAGAAUAAUUGUGGGAAACCAAAGCUAUCAGAAGUUGAUGUUUUGUUGAUGUCAAAAAUCAGGAUUAAACAGAAGCAUUAUGUUGCUUAAUAGAAAAGCUAAUCUAUUUUAUUUUAUAA